AUGGCCACAACUGGUACAGUGUCAGCGACAACAUCAUCUUCGGCGUUGGAGUACUCAAGUGUUAAAAUCAGCCCAGCAUUAGCGAUAGUACUCGCUUGUGUCGUAUUAUUCGUGGUUGCAUUUUUCAUCACAUUAUAUAUACGUCACAUGAACCCCGACGAACCAAUGGGUUCUUACUUCUUCCGUCAUCGACCAGUUUCCCGUGGGCUUGAGCCUAAUAUCAUCGAAACUUUGCCGGUAUUUGUGUACUCCGAUGUCAAAGCCCUAAAGAUUGGCAAAUCUAUCCUAGAAUGUGCUGUUUGCUUAAACGAGUUCGAUGAUGAAGAUACUCUUCGCCUUCUUCGGAAUUGUUGCCACGUGUUCCAUCCUGAGUGCAUUGAUGCUUGGCUUGCCUUUCGUACCACUUGCCCAGUUUGCCGUGCAAAUCUCAAAACAAAACCUUCUGCUAAACUGCAAGAAACAAUUCAGCAAUCUGAGAAUGUCAGCUCAGUUUCAUCACCAGAAACAAAUGAUACAGUAAUAGAUAUUCACGUGACUGCUGGUCUACAAGAAGUGAUGAACCAGCAGUCUUCUCAAACUACACCUACUCAUAUUUGUUCAACGAAAUCUACACCAAGAAAUAAAACACCCAACUUCGCCCGCCUUGCACCAAAAUCAACACCGAGAAGGCGAAAAAUUUUCGGGAUGUUCAGUCGUUCUCACUCGACGGGCCACUCGUUGAUUCAACGUGGCGAAAAUUGCGAAAGGUUUACUCUAAGGUUACCUGAUGAUGUACGUAAAAGAUUGGUGGACUUAAGCUUGAGUAGGGCCUACACUAAUGGCGUGGCUUUUUCUCCGGAAAGAAGUUCAACCAAGGGGUACCGGUUCAAACCAGAGGAUAGCCGGUUAAGCAAAUUCCGGUUUCCACCGACCCCGCCUAUGUUUUCUAAACCCGGUUCGACAAAAGAGGAGAAGGGUGAGAAAAAGCCGAAGAAUCUUCUGAAGUCCGUUAAGUCACCGUUAAGUUUGUUUUGCAGGACGGAGAAGGAUGAUACAGGAGAAAGGUCUUUUACUUAUUUAAGAUCAAGUAGUUAA